UUGCUCUUUAUAAGUCCAACUGCAGUUAAAGUUAUAAUCAUUGUAAUCAAACAGGUUUUCUUUAUUUGUGGAUUUUUUUAAACAACAUCUAGUGUCCUUGUAAAAUUGUAAGUGUAGAAAUAAAAGCUCCCGGUGACAGUUGAAAAACGAUUCAAAAGGCAAAACCGUAAUAGGCGUGAGUCAAACUUGAGAUUUUCAGGACCAUUUUGGGAUAAUUUCUACUUUCUCUAUAAUUCAACAGUUUAUGCCAAUAUUAAUGAAACCGUUCCACAUACAUAGCUCUCAUUAGUCUGUGAAAUUUUGAAUGGGCAAACACGGCAUUUCGUUUGACCUGCCGAUGGGAACUUCCACAUCAGGUAAACCUCAUAUUGUAGCUUUGUGUGAUGCUGUCAUUGAACUACUAUUAACAGGUACAGUAGCAGAAAUACAUUUUAUGUAAAUGUGAGCCCACGUCUGUCGCCAUUGAUCAAGGUAAGAAUGGCAUGAAGUGACAUUUCCCAGAGGUGUUGUUUAAUUCUUCAUGUGACUCAGGAAUGUCAGAAUGACCCCUCCUCCAGCCAUCUACACGAUCUACAUCGAGCUGACACCCCCGCCCACCUCCUGUAUCUAUGUGCCCUGUCAGCUGGGGCCCAGCAAGCAGAGAUGGUGUAAAACACUCUCGACUGGAUACCGAAGACUCAAGCCAGGACCAUCACAAAACUCGGACUUCAUACUUGACAACAAAUAAUAAGACCAGUAUGGAGAACAAGGCGCUGGAACCUGACUCUGUGGGUAUUUCCAUGGAGGACAGUAUCAUUUGUAAUGGAGGUAAGCAGCAGCAGGAGGCGUCCAUGUUGAAGCACAAGAAGAUUGAGAACCAGCUGAAAGAAGCACAGCGCUUCACCCAUCUGCCCAAACGCUCACCCGUGGAUCUUGAGUUUAUUGACAUCUCUUACACCAUUCAAGAGGGAUCGUGCUGUAGAAGGAGAGGAUUUAAAGCCUUAUUGAAAUGCCUCUCUGGGAAAUUCUGCAGUCGGGAGCUUGUAGGAAUCAUGGGUCCCUCAGGUGCUGGAAAGUCUACCUUAAUGAACAUUUUGGCAGGAUACAGGGAAACGGGAAUGAAGGGUCAAAUCUUUGUAAAUGGGAGACCCAGGGACCUGAGGUCAUUUCGGAAAAUGUCUUGCUAUAUCAUGCAGCAAGACAUGCUGCUGCCACAUCUCACUGCACGAGAAGCCAUGAUGGUAUCAGCCAACUUGAAGCUUAAUGAGUCUAUGGAUGUGAAGAAAGAACUGGUAAACGAGAUUCUGAUUGCCUUGGGGCUUCUCGACUGUGCUCAUACUCGUACCAGCUCACUUUCAGGUGGUCAGUGUAAAAGGCUCGCCAUUGCCCUUGAGCUGGUCAACAAUCCGCCAGUCAUGUUUUUUGAUGAGCCCACCAGUGGCUUGGAUAGCGUGUCAUGUUAUCAGGUAGUGUCCCUAAUGCGUUCUUUGGCGCUGGGAGGAAGGACUAUUAUUUGCACUAUCCACCAACCAAGUGCUAAACUCUUUGAGAUGUUUGACAAGCUCUAUAUUCUUGGUCAGGGUCAGUGUAUCUACAAAGGCACAGGUUCCUACCUCAUCCCCUAUUUGAAGGGACUGGGAAUUUACUGUCCGACCUAUCAUAACCCUGCAGACUUCAUCAUUGAAGUGGCAUCAGGAGAGUAUGGAGACUUGAACCCCGUUUUGUUUGAAGCCGUCCAAGGAGGAAUGUGUGCAACAGAAGAGAAGAAGAACCAGUGUGGUAAUGAUAGAUCAUUGGUCUAUACCACAGCACGGGCCAAGGAUACUGGACACAUAGAGAGACACACUUUUGCUACAAGCACACUGACACAGUUCUGCAUUCUCUUCAAGAGAACCUUCAUCACUAUUUGUCGAGACCAGGUUUUGACCCACCUCAGACUGAUGUCCCAUAUUGUCAUAGGUGUGUUGAUAGGCUUGCUCUAUCUCAACAUUGGUAAUGAUGCCAGCAUGGUGCAUAACAACACUGGAUUUCUCUUCUUCUCAAUGCUUUUCCUCAUGUUUGGAGCACUCAUGCCAACUGUGUUAACCUUUCCUAUGGAGAUGUCAGUGUUUCUGAGGGAGCAUCUGAACUACUGGUACAGCCUGAAAGCCUAUUAUCUGGCCAAGACCAUGGCUGAUAUUCCAUUCCAAGUGAUCUGCCCCAUCAUGUACUGCAGCAUUGUGUACUGGAUGACAGAGCAGCCUCCAGAGAUUAGCCGCUACCUCCUCUUCAUCGCGCUGUCCACUUGCACUUGUCUGGUCGCGCAAUCCCUCGGCCUGCUAGUUGGCGCCGCGUCCACCUCACUGCAGGUGGCCACAUUUGUUGGACCAGUCACAGCCAUCCCGGUGCUGCUUUUUUCUGGAUUCUUUGUGAACUUUGACACAAUUCCAAAGUACCUUCAGUGGAGCUCUUAUGUGUCAUAUGUCAGGUAUGGUUUUGAAGGAGUAAUUCUGUCCAUCUACGGGAUGAAUCGUUCCGAGCUGGAGUGUCCCGGCAAAGCGUGUCGCUUCCAACGACCCGAGGAGGUUCUUCAGCUGUUGGACGUAGAAGACGCUAAGCUCUAUAUUGACUUCAUCGUCCUGGGUGUUUUCUUUCUCAUCCUGCGACUAGCCACCUACCUUGUUCUCCGCUACAAGAUCAAGGCCGAGCGGUAGAUUGCUUGACAGAAGGUUUGUACUGUUGCCAUUCCAGACUAGGCCAUCACUCUCAUAACCUGAAAUAACCUCUCUUACAUUGGCCUGUUUUGUUUUUUUGUUUUCAUUUUUAAAUUGCACACAUCGCUGCUGAAAUACUUGCUGAAAUAUUCAACUCUGUUGGAUGAACUUGUAUUACCUCAAUACGCCAGCAGGAUUAUUCUUCUGUUUUCAAACAUAUUUUUAGUUCAAUAAGAGUCCCGCGAACCGAGCACAAAGAGAUAUUUAACAUCAAGCUGGGUAUGCACAGUGAUCAUUUCCACUCACUCGGGGAAUACAAAUGACAAAUAAAUUUACACAAUAAUAUUUCUGCUGUCUGUUUGGAAACAUAUUUGAGCUCAAAUGACUAUAUAAAUCAAAUAAUCCCUUAUGCUAGAUGGACUGUUUUCUAUAGCUGUAAAUUAAUUUGCUAUUCUCAAAUUUUAUAUUCUACUUACAAAAUCUAAUCUAAAAAUCCUUUUCGGGUUUUUUUUUCUACUAUUGUCUUGAUUGCUUUUAUGGACUAACAACUGAGUAUUUAAGAUAAAUGAGUAUCCUUUUAUUUUUUGUGGCCACAUGACAUCCAGUUAUACCAGGACAAAAUGCAAUUAUGAUUGGUGCUAACUUUCAUGACCAAUGUGGAAAAUUUGCAUCUGGACUGCAUGUUAAAAGGAGCACGAUGAACAAUGACAAAAAUAUUGUAUUUGUUAUGAAGACUUUUUUUUUUUUACUCAAACUGGUCUUUUCUGUUGUUUUUGUUUUUGUUUUUUUUUAGCUCGACUGCACAAUCAAUCUUAAAUAAUUGAGAAUCGAAUAAACAAUGAUCUGACUGAAUGAA